UGUCCGCUGUCCUGUCCUGUCCUGUCACUUUGUAACUAACCUCAACCUUACUUAACCAGUAAAAUCAAAUUACGCAACAAGAACGAAGUGGAAGUUCAAAAGAAAGCAAAAUUCGAAAGUUAAACAAGCAACUAACAUUGAUUUAGAUCCAAAAGAAUAAGCAUUCUUCUGCAACCAAGUCAAAUAGGCUAGAGCUCAUUUAAAGGAUUUGUAGCGAGGUAUUAAAAGGAUGGUUCUGAUUUCAAGAGCUGCCAAUUUUUUAAUCAUGAACAAAAGAUUUUUACUUAUCGUAGUUUGAUGGGUUUAGGUGGUAGCCGAGCAGUCAACAUGAGUGGUCCAGUCGCAGAGUUUGUCAACACCAAGAUCAGCAGUGAUACUGUGGUCAUUUUCUCCAAGUCAUAUUGUCCUUACUGUCGCAUGGCCAAAGAGGUGUUUGACAAACUUAAACUGAAAUACACAGUGAUUGAGUUGGAUGAGCGAGACGAUGGAGGUGAAGUGCAAGACGUGCUUGGGGAAAUGACAGGAGCAAGAUCGGUCCCCAGAGUCUUUUUGAAAGGAAAAUUCAUUGGUGGAGGCACUGAAGUCAAGGACCUUUAUGGGAAAGGGGAACUGCAGAAAAUGAUAGCUGCAUAAUCAUGACACAAGUUCAAAUAUAAAUUGUAUACAUUGUUAUCGAAUUCUAAACUUUAUUUUUUUUAAUACAGGUAUUCACAUAAUUAUAAGUAGAGAACAAUUUUUGUAUCAAUUAUGUUGCAUUAUAUUAUUUUAUUAAAGUUUAUACAUCACA